AUGUUUGCGCCCUGUCCUUCGAGCAUCAGCGCCACCAGCCGGGCAUCCAGCUCCAAGAAGACGCCGAUCACCAUGUCCGACAUCAGAGUCAACCUGAAAGACCACUACAGGUCCAAGGUGUACACGACCGGGUCGACCGUCACGGGCGACGUGACCAUCACAACCAAGCGCGACGUGAGCUUCGACUCGAUCCAAAUCAUCCUCCUCGGACAGACCAAGACGAGCUUCGACGGCAUGGGCGUGCCGCACGAGGUCUCGCACAUCUUCCUAAAGAUGAUCAUGCCCAUCCCGGAAUCGACAUACCCCAUUCCGCGAGUGCUCGAGCCCGGCCGGACGUACACGCUCCCCUUCAACUUCGUCAUCCCGAGGGAGCUCACCAUCAACGCAUGCAGCCACGAGGUCUCGGACCAGGUCCAAGAGCACCACGUGCUCCUGCCUCCCAGUCUCGGGGGCUGGCAGAGGGACGAUAUGGGUCCGAAGAUGGCGAAAGUCGAGUACGCGGUCAAGGCGCGGGUCCUCCGCGACGACGCCGUCUCCAGCAAGAAGAUCCGUAUCAUGGAGGCCAGCGAGCCGAUCCAGGUGCUCCCCGCGACCCCGCAACAGCCGCCGCUCGACAUCACGGACAGGGACAAGCUGUACCGCAUGUCCAAGGCCAAGAUGCUCCGCCGGAACCUGCUCUCGACCAAGCUGGGCCGCCUGACAGCCGAGGCCCAGCAGCCCAGCCCGGCCGUGCUCUCGCGGGACGGGCGACGCGUCAUGUCGCACCCGAUGGCGCACGUCAAGCUGACCUUCGAGCCCGAGUCGGCGCGCACGCUGCCGCCGACCAUCACGUCCGUGUCGGCCAAGCUGACCGCGCACACCUACUUCGCCUCGGGCACCAUCUCGUCCUUCCCCAACAUCGGCGAGUGGAACCAGCCCUACCUGCUCGACCGCCGCGGCCAGUUCUUCAGCUCGGUGCCGCUGCCGGCCGUGACGCUCGCCGAGCAGCCGGCGUGGACGCCCAUCACGACGCCCGUCUCACCGCCCAUUACCCGCCGCGACUCGGGGUACUGCAGCAGCAGCAGCGACGAGGCCGCAACCAGCAGGAGUAGCGGCUGCGGCGAACAACUCCGAGUGCCCCUUAGCCCAAGCGACAGACAAAAACAAAAGAACAAGUGCAACAGCAGUCAAACCCAAAUUCAAAGUCAACAGCAACAACAACAGCACACAACAACCCUCCAAAUCCCGCUCUCCCUCCCCACGGAUAAGAGGACCUUCGUGCCGACCUUCCACUCCUGCCUCGCCUCACGCGUCUACACGGUGCAGCUGACGCUGCACACCAGCACGCGGGGCGCGACCAACACCGUGUCGCUCAUCGUGCCGCUGCAGAUCGCCGUCGAAGGGCACACGGGCGAAGGGUUGUGCGGGUGCAGCUGUGGCAGCACGCGGGCGCUGCCCUCGUUUGAGGAGGCCGAGGCGGAUGAGCACUUGAGGCCUAGGCUGUUGCACGUUCCACGGGCUGGGGAACACUUGGCUGGCGGUGGUGGUGGUGGUGGUGAUGUGAUGAGGCAGGGGAUGGCGAGUUGGAUGAUGGCGCCUGGGAGUGUGGCGCCGCCUGUUGUGCCGAUGCAGCUGCCGCUCGUGCAGGUGGAGGAGCCGCCUGAGUAUGGCCAGCCUGGGUAUCGGAGGAGGAUUGACUAGUUUUUUUCUUCUUCUUUUUCUUCUUCGAAUCUGUUUGCUUCCUGUUGGAUGGAUGUCCUGAUGAGGGUAAUGUCUGGUUUCCGGUGAUAUACUUGCGAUGAUUUUGGGGGUUUUGCAUCUGGUGAGGUUCGUUCUGGUUUUUGGUUAUGGACGCUGUUUGUCUCCCCAAAUACUGUAAUGGAGGGAGCAAGACGAAAAAAAAGGGGCACAUAGGAAAGGACUGGGAUACAGCUGCAGUGAAAAGGGAACGAUAUAGAAUGAUACCUAAGUAAUAAUGCUAGUUAGCAUUGUUUAUCAUUUAAGUUCUUUAUCUAUUGCGCUCGAAUGUUCAUCGCGGUCCGGAACGGGGUGACGCAACUGAGACGAGUCACCGCACUACAGACUACGAAGACCUAGGGAGGAUCUUGAACAAAGUCUGUAAUGGAAGCAGGUCGUCUAUCGCGCCCUCGUGUAGCCUGUCACCUAGCAUCAUCUGGUCAAUGCCUGGAUGUUUAUGUG